AUGACUAUCUCAGCGUUUGAAAACCUUUAUGGAGGUCGUCUCGCUGGGGGCAUAGUCAAUGCGAUGUGCGUCAUUGGAGUUUUUGGCAAGGAGCUAGAUGACUCACAUGCAUCAUUGCAACCCAACCAUUCGGCCACUCUGAUCAGUUUGGGCGGCGUAAUUACUGUUCAGGGAUCGCUCUACUAUCAUAGAUACCCUACCGAUCCUCUCCAUGUCAAAGUUGUCGUCGGGUUUUUGUGGCUGGCGCAGAUGUUCUAUGUCGUAGUUUCUACGUGCUCCUUCUAUCAUUUCUUGAUAAAAGAUUUUGGUGUCAUCUUUUUGGGGACUGAAUGGUUCGCUCCCGUGCACCUGAUGAUGUCGGUCAUCAGUUCUGCCAUUGUUCAGUUCUUCUUUGUAUUUCGGCUUCACCUGCUUAGUAGCUCGAUCUGGUUGCCAAUACUUAUCGCUGGAAUGACAAUCGUGCAGUUCACUUUUGGAUUAUGUACGUCAAACUAUCCAGUAAACUAUAUCAUUCGAUUCGUAGUGACCGCUGCCCGGGGUCAUAUUUCAUCUGGAUCGCCCAGACGUUUUUAUCAAGGCGUACGUGGUGCUCCCGCUCAUUCGCGUAAUCGUAUUAAUGUGCUUCCCUCCCCCCUCAUAAACAGGACCAUAUCGCAGAAUGUUGAAGUUAUCCCAGGUUCGCUGCGGCCAUUCGUUACUGUUUGGCUCUCGUUGGAGGCCGCAUCCGACCUUCUCAUUGCAGCUUCAGUGUGCUAUUUCCUCCGACAGAACCGCACGGGCAUUCAUCUGACCGAUUCGGUGAUCAGGAAGUUGUCGAUAUACGCCCUCAAUACUGGGGCAUUCACUAGCAUCUUGGCGAUUAUCGGCUUGCUUGCUUUCGUAUUCUAUGGCCUCCACUUCGCGACUCUGCUUUCCACUGUGCCGCUCGGUGGAGCUUACAUCACUACACUAUUAGCCAAGUGA